AAAAUCUUUGAGAAAAUAAAUCAUGAUUUCUGGUAUCUUAGCAUGAAACUUGUUUUAAUUUCUAUUUAAAAUUAUUUAUAGAUGCUGUGUUGGUGCUUGUAAACAGGGAAGUAAUGCACUCUUAAAUUUUUUUAACCUUUUCUAUUCCAUAGAAGGUCUUUCUCCUUGAAUUCUGAGGGCUUUGCCAUGAAACACUGGCAAAGUCCUUUGCUCAGUCAUCUCUCUGAUGUGUAGUAUUCUCUUCUACAGCUGUAUAGGAAGACAGUAAAUAUUAUUGGUAUUACUUGAAAUCCUCAGAUGUCCUCAAAUCCCAAAGACAGUAUCUUUAAAAAAAAAAAAAAAAAAAAAAAAGACGAGAAUUUUUGAUUAAUCUUGCUUUAAUCUGAAUCUGAGAAAGGAAGAUCUCCUCCCUUUCCAAAGUGCAACAAGAAGUUGUACAUUUAUAUAUAAACAUAUGUGAAAAGAUGUGUUUUACAGAUCUUUGUGAACACCAGGGCACUCAGUUAGGAAGGAUUUUCUGAGCAAAUUACUUACAGGCAUCCAGACAUUGUUCCACUGGAUGUGAUUUAAAUCGAGUUGAACAGGUUGAAAAUGAUGUGAAGGGAACAAAAGCAUGUUUUCUGUAUCCCUCCAUAGCUGAGAUGGAAUGCACUCACAAAGUUAACUGAGAAUCAUCCCAUAGACGAGGAAAAAGCUUACACAAUUGCUUUACCUUGUUCAGAAGCCUGAUUUCUGUAUUUACAAAAUCAUGUUUUCAUAAUUAAAAAAAAAGAGUUUGGCAAAGCUUUAAAAUACUUGCACUAGGAACUGUUGCUUUGGAAUAUAAAUUACAUUAAAUACUGAUAAAAUGGACAGCAUUACCUCAGACAUAGAUAAUAAUUUAAUUUUUGAGGAAAAACAGAAGAACUCUACAGGAAAAUAAAUUCUAAAAACCACCAAAAUACUCAUUGCAGCCAUCAAUAAGAUUCUGAAAGUGAAACAACAGAUUUUUUUUUUUUUUUAAGUGAGAAAAACAGAAAGUGGAAACAAGCAGUAUCCAUAAUAGAAAACAUGAUCAUUAAAAUUAUCCCAAUUAUACUAAUCUAAAGUAUUGAAAUAUGUAUUUAAUGUACAGUAUGUCACUGUUAAGAUUCUAAUUCUAAUUUCAUUAGAAACCCUCAAGGGAACCUUUAAAGGGUAUGUAGCUUUGUUUUUACUAUUCUCCCUGGGAGUAAACAUUUCAAAAUUCCAGCUUAGCUCUUUUAGGUAUUUCUUAUGUAAGUUUUAUCUGUUUGGAGGUGAUGUUAACUGUGCAGACUCAACAUGACAUAAAGUCUGACAUCUGUAGUUACCUCAAGUAUUCAAUAUGUUUGUUUCCUCUAUUGCUAAGAGGGGGAAAAAAAAAAAAAAGACUUUAAAUGCCUCUCAAUAGCCAUUUGUUAAAUGGUCAUUCAAAAAAUGUUCCUGCUACUUAUUAACAACAUUUGUCUAACAAAGCUUGUAAAAUAACCAGCAUGUAAGUUCCCAGUGAGUCAUUAGAAUUACGUAAUUAUUUUAUCUCAGAAUGAAGAGUUGUCUUUGACUUGACUGAAGAUGCUGCGUAAGUCGCAUUAUGAAUAGCCCUUUGGUUAGAAGUAUUGACUGUAUUUUCAGCAUGACUGCUAAUUGCUGAUGCAUUGUGCUGUGUCCAUAUGUCUGAUGGCCAUCUCAGUUGUUCAGAACACCAGUGCACACUUGACUUAACAGUUUUCUGCAAAAAUAGGAAUCGGCUUCUGAUCCAUGCCAUGUUUCAACAGUACCCAACCUCCAACUUCUUGAUCCUAAUACUGAAUGAAAAUGCUGCAGACACAUGAAGCAAAACAUACUGACUUGGUAUAAAGUCAUUCUCUUUUUUCUUUUAUUUAGAAAAUUUUAAUGAGUAACAAAGUGUCAUUGUCAUCACUCGACAUCAGAUCAAGUAUUUUCCAUUCUCCAACAAUUGGUGCAAAAGCAUGAAGAUUGGUAUGUUGUCUAUAUUGGACACACUGGAUAGUUUUGCAGAUGCUUUGUCUGCACUUGAUCAAGAUGCAGUUUGUAGUUCUUUGUAAUUCAGUACUGCUCAGAUCUGGUACUAAUGACUGUUGAACCAUGAGCUCAAGUUACAUUUCAGUGAGGACACAUACAGGAGGCUUUUCGGAGAUCCACUUGUAGGAGAUAGAACUCUAUGAAAUAGGGCUAUUAAUGUUGGAACAGGGAUUUCAGGCUCAUCAAACAUUAGCAUUUCCAGACAGGCCCUUGACCCAAUUGGUACUACAGGAACUUGGAAAGCUCAUAAUGUGAAAAAAAAAACCCAAAACCCUUGAGAGCUGACCCACCACCUGUUGGCGUUGCUACAAAAAUGCCCUUGGUUUUUAGCUUGUUUUCUGGUACCACAGUGGAAGUCAGUAAAGACCAGCUGUUUCAAGGAGUUAGCAGAGGGACACAUUCCUGUCGUCCCUCCCCACAUUUUUUAUUUGAGUAUUUGCUUGAUGUUCCUUUACAUUUUUUAAGUUUUGGAUCUAAAUCUUAGCAUUUAAAAUCCAUAUUCAAGUAUAAAUUACUGGCCUGGGCCACAGAACUGCUGAGCACCUGUAUCUGUUACUUAUAUAGGUGCCUGACUAGAGGCUGCCACAAGGCCUGAAAGUAGUGAUGACUGCGGACUGAUUGCUAAAUGGUAACAAUAAUUAAAAGCAUACAGAUUAUGAAAACACAGCUCUAUUUGGAAAAGAUUCAUUGGAUAAUCAUCUGUGGUGCUUGCUUAUGUGUUUCCAAACAUUUGCCCUAUCCAAUAGGUUGACAUAAUGAUAGAUCUGUGCAGUAAGGACACAAUCUCUGAUAGGGUUACUGUUAGCCUUCAGAGGAAUGUGUUAAAAAAUUAUGCUAUUUUACUAUCAUCAGUCUAUGAGAAUAGUGAAGCUGUGGUAAAAAAGGAAGUAAAAUCUCAUAUAUUUAGAGCAAUCAUACAAAAGAACAAGCUGAGGAGCAAAGACAAAAUAGUUUGAGGGCAUCAGGAGGAGGCCUUUCUAAAAGGGACAACAAUGAAUAUUCUGAAAAAGUGGGAAAAAGAAUAGUCUGACUUAAAAGCGUAUAAAAUUGUUCUCUUUUUCUCUCAGGUAUAUGUGGGAGAAAUAUUUUUAUAUAAGUUACUAAAUUUAAAAUAUGGAGUCAGUUGCCAAAUGUGCUAUAUUCUAACUGAUAUUUAAGGGUUGGUACCUAUACAAGAACUUUGCUGCAAAUAAUAUACCUCCGGGGCUUGUGCAGGUACUCAUUUUGUUUGCUCAUUUGCCAUCUAUACAGAUGUUUUGCAGAUUUUCAAAAUGUGUUCUCAUCUUACAGGCUUUCUCAUCUUGCAGAUGAUUAAUGCAUUUGACAAAAAAUAAAUGAGAGAAGAAAUUAUUUUCUAUUGUUAUCCAGGAUUUUAGUUAGGACCUUUGCAUUUUCACUGUUUAUCGAUGCCAUUAUUAUGCAAUUCAACAAAAUCUCUGCAGCUUCUUGCCUUGCAAGGGAAAUGUCAGUCCUGAAAUCUGGUAAUGGUACUUUUUCCUUCUGAAAGCUGUAUUUCUAUUUUUCACAGAACUUGUGGAAUUUGGAAGUGUUAUUUAUUAUCAACAUAGAAGAAAUUAUCUCCUUGCUCUUUGGGUUUAGAAAAAAUUUGCAGACCAGUCUUGUUAACAAUGUUUUCAGUGCAGUCAAUAAAAUAGAAGGGAAAUGUAGUUCUUGAAAAGAAUCAUGAAUCUCCUUACCUAUUCAUUUAUGUUUUCAGUUAUGCCAUGCUUUUUGCAUACUUCUGUCUGUGUAAAAUAGUGGUCAGUCUAAUCCCAAUGAAUGAAAUCCAAUUAAAGCACCAAUGUCAUGUAGCUUUGUGGGGGGGAUUAGAUACAGUUCUUAGAGUUAGUUUGUCUUGCUCAUUUGCAUAUUUUGUGAUUUUUCUACAGACAAUGUACACGGAGCUAUUUUGAGCAUUUAAUUUGCUAAUUCUUCUCCUCAUGAUUAAAGUCAUAAAACUGCACUGACCCAGAGAGAGGCAUUAUGAAUGUAUAAUUUCAAUUUACAUGUGUUCAUAAAGCCAAACAAUAUUGUGCCCUUCUAAAAUGGAGAUGUGUUAGUAACAUGGGUUCAGUUUUUGCAUCUGAUGCAACAUAUCUCAUAGCACUGCUGUGGUUUAAAGUUGGUUCAUAGUCUCCAAAUUCUUUAAUGAGUUGUGAAAAGUCAGGCUUCACACUUAGUUAAGGCACUUUGAGCUAUUUAUUCACUGACAAAAUGCAUACAAGGUGGUUACGUUUUCAGGAAGUCACUCUUUUACAGAGUUCUAUUUUCUGAUUAUUCAAUUGAUUGCUUAUAGAAAGAGCCAGCAGCUCUUCUGGCUAGUUAAGUCUGACUUUGGGGUUUAGUUACAGGCAUUUGGUCCUCUCCAAUUCUCUCUAAAGGUUUUUUUGGUUUAGUGGAGAGCAUGUUAUUUGGAGGGGCAGUUUGCUUGCAUUCCUGUUUUUAGACAACAUUAGUGGAAUGUUUUUUCCCAACACACCCAUGUUUCAUAACUUGCACACUCAUUACUGGGUAUUUUCUGAUAUUUUAUAUCUAAAAAGUACUGGUGCUUUCUCAAAGUGACUCCAGAUACUUUCAAGUCUCAAGGCUGCCUAAAUAAUCCAUCUCUUCACUCUGUCUGCUUUCCCAUCAUUUUAACCUUCGUUGUAACCCACUGCCAGCACUGUGAGUUUUGAAGGUGAUUUCCUAACCCCAGUGACCUUAGGCACACGCCCAGUGGUUAUUGUGAUUUGAUGUAUUGCAGGUUCAAUUUUGCUAGGAUCAAUCUAUGAGAAAGGAGUAUUUUAGCUGUUAUGUUUGUGUUAACGUAAAUUACUUUAGAUUGAGCAAUGGCUGGGUUUCUUACUUGCCAUGCUUAAUUGCUUUUGUAAUUAUAUUGAUUUUUCCAUGCUAGGUCAGUAUUGGUAGCCAGAAGCUGUUUUUUGAACUGGCUAUGUCAUCUUGAGUAUCCAUAAAUAUGAAGAUAAUUGUAAAAAGCUUAAGAAUGGUCACUGUGAGGGUUUGAAUCUUUAAUGUAUGUAAAAUACACUUCAGAUAAAAUAAAAAACCCUCAAAACUAAAACAACCAACAUAGCUACCAGUUACUGCUAGCAAGCUAGGGGCUUAUAACUAACUAGGUUGAGGAAUGGUUUUAAUGUGCAUCCCAUUCAUUACAGUUAGGAGCAGAAGGAUAAUAUGAAACAGCAAUAGUGACAGCCAGUGCCUUCAUCAUGAAAGUUCUUAAAACUAGAGAGCACAAAGAGGAAGAAUAUGUCACACCAAAUAAAGAAAAAUUUCCUUCAGUAUUUAAAAAAUUCUCCUUUUGUCUUAUCCAUCCAUAUUGCCUUUAAUCUGAAGUCCUGUGUGAAUUCACUGAUCCAAAGCCAAACGUAGCCUAAACCAUGAUAAUUACUAUUUCUCACGUAUUACAACAAAUUGAGGAUUUUCCAGGCUGGAACGUUCCAGGUAGAUUCCUAAUUAUUGUGAAAGUACCAGUGUUCUUUACAUUUGGUGAUUCACUGGUGCAAAGAGUUAAUGAAUGAUCCUGUGGGAGAGAAAAGUUCAGACCAUCUUCCAUCUCUUAUUCCACACCUCAGGGAGAGUAUGAGGAGACUUUGAGGGUCAGGGCACAUAAUAGUCUGGUCACAUGAGAGCACUGAAGGGAAAUGAGCUUCUGGAACUCUUUGAAUCUUUCUUCACUGCCUAUCUUCCCAUCCUCUAAGGUCCCAUCAUUCAGAGCUUAUUUUGUCAAGAGACUGCCACCGUAUCAAUCCACUGUGUACUAAAAGUGACGAUUUUUCUUGUAAAUUGUUAUCACAAAGUGCAGUAGUGUAAAACUCUGUUUAUUAAUGAUCCAAAAAUUAGUGUCCACUGGUGUAAUAUCCUGCUGUGGAUUAGUGAAAGUUCAGAAAAGCAAAUAUUUUCAAAUCACCAAAUCAAAGCAUAGACCAUUUUGUCCUUGAGAAGCAAAUUUGAAUUCUCAACUCUCAUCUCAUGGACAAGAAUUUGUUGCUGUAUUAAAGCCAACACCCUCCUUUGUCUUUGCAUUAAGGCUAUUAGCAUGCAGCUCAUGAGAGUGGCCUCACUGCCAUUCCAGUGGCUGUUCCUGUCUCCAGGUGGAUUAAGAAUCAUGAAGAAUUCUCUUCAUUCCUUUUCCAAACUUCUUUUUCUCUUCCCAUCUGUUCAGGAGUAUUUCUUUCCUCUAUGUUCAUCCUUAUUUUUCAUCCCCUAAAAAAGGUUCCACAUUGUUUGGAAGAAUCUUCAUAUUACCGAAGAUGACACUAGUAGAGUCCACCUUAUUGCAUACCUAAGAGAUGAUACUUCUUUUAAACUGGUAAAACCACCUCAUCAGCAUCUCAUUUGCCUUUCCCAGCUUUGCCAACUUGACUUUAAAAAUUCAGUCAAUGUAAUGCUCUAUUCUUCUUUGAGGCUUUCACUCACUGUUCUGGAUUUGAGGUACUGAUGAUUGUUGUUCAUGGAUUUCACAAAAUGUUUUUUCCGACUGAAAGGGUGUUUUGGAGAAUGAUAAUUCACUUACGGGUUUGAAGUAAGCUAGUCAAACUGGCCUGUGUAAAGCUUCCAUCAUGGGACUCAAAUUAUGCUAAUGGACUAGAAGACAUAGAUCAGUCCAUCUUGAGUUUGUUCUGAAAAUAUGCGUCUUGUUUUUUUCCACCUCUUUUGUGCCAACCCUGACCUAGUAGUGUUGUUUUUAUUAACAUUUGUGGGUUCAAAAUGCUCUGCAUCUCUGGCAACUGUUUUGAAUUUUUUAUUAUGAUGUCAUGCUGGUCACUGAAUGAAACUUCAUUGAAGCUGAUGGGCUUAUUAACAUUCAUGCUUCCUUCAUAAUGAAUGCAGCCCUCAUGCCUUUAUAUCACUGACAGCUGAAACAAUACCAGCCACACCUACAGCACGGGGGCGAUGGACAACAAGUUGGACGUCUGAAGCGAAGUGUGUAGGAAGUUUUGUUGGUUCAGAUAAAAUGUUUCUGUGUGUGCAGAAACAUCAGCCUAGAAAAACACUACAAAAUCCUAUGGAGACAAUAAGGCCAGAAAAGUAAUGUAAACAUAUUUUAAGAAAGAAAAGGGGAAGGAGAUCACUUUGUGCACGGUUCUUCUUGGAAGGAUACUUGGAACUACAAGCAAAGAGGUGGUUUGUUUUCUGGUCUGGAUUCAUCCUCUUUGUAGGAGAACAAAACCUUCACAUACAUAAUGUGGAGAUAAAAGGCAUUGCACCUAAUAAAUACUUCACUCCAUCACUGAUUUAUCUCCCUAAUGAAAAUAGCGUACAAACCUCCUCUUGGCUCAACCUAAGUAAAAAAUUGUGACAUUAAUAGCAGAAGCAAAUCCAGUUUCUGAGGAGAUAAGUUGAAAGUUUCUGUUAACCUUGAACUCACUUGGAAUGUGAAGAAAGAAAAAAAAAAAAUUCAUUUGAAACUAUUUUCUGUUUCUAAUAUCCUGGAGGAGAAUACUUAUAUUGUCUCACCUCAAAUAAUGUAAACUGCUGCUACCCAAACAUGAUCUUCUUGGGAGGGAAACUGAGAUUUAUUCAUUGCUUCAAGAACAGAGCUCAUAGGCUGAGAAGAGAAGUGUGACAGGGGUUUUCACAGUCAUUUUGGCUGCUGGCAUGCUGCUACACUUCUUGAAAAAACUUUGAUUCUUCUUUAGCUCUGGGAGCUAGAGACUGGCUCUAUACUUUGGAGCCUGUCAUCCUGAAUUGUCCAGAACAUAACUACAAGGUAGGUGAGGGAAUAAAAAUCUACCUGUCUUGGCAGGCAGCCAGAGAAGACUUUCAUGGUCUCUGCCAGAAACAGAAGACUUCUAAGACAAACUGGCAAUAAAUUAAUUAGACAAACUUAGGCUUGCAUAUUAAACUCUGUGAAAGAAAGCCAGAAGUGUUCUGGGAGCCUGUGGAAUUCACUGCAGAACCUGAGUCUUCUUGCAUCAGUGCAUCAGAAGAGGAAGCGGUUAUCAGUGAAGAAAAUGGAAAUGGAUUAUCACAAGCCUAUAAAUAUGUCUGUGUUUAAUAUGCACUAUGGAGAAAGAGAUUUUGGUCUGUGUCCUCACUGAUGAUUUUGUGUUGGUUCUUUUUAUAAUGAAAUGAUUUCUAAAAUGAGAUAAAUGAAAAAUAAUGUAAAAAAACUCCCCAGUUAAUUGCCAAGAUUUUGAAAAUCUUGGCCAUAAAAAAUAAAUAAAUGAAUAUACUUGGAAUUAAGCAAGAUGCCUAGGUAGUUGUGAGGACAUAUGAACUCAUAAUUGGUUUGGAUUUCUUUGUGAUAAAAUGAGUAAUGAAUACAAAGUGUUCUACAGGGUCAGUUUAUGGAAAUCCAUUUUAAAGAUGAAUCCUGGGUCAUCAAAGGAAAGGAUCUAUAAAAGCGACUGCUUUGCAAUGGACAGAUUAUCCUGUCUGUAAAAGCACACAUCGUUGUAGCUAUGUGCUGUGGUAGUUUUCUAGAAAAGGAAGGAGAAGAUAAAGUGAAACAACUUUCAUAAAGGGAUUCUAGCUGCUGAAGUCUUUUUGGCUUUGAAGGAGAUGGAUGCUUGUUUAUUUGCUGAGCACUUUUGAUGAGCAAAAGCAGUGGGGAAAAAAUAGAUGCAAAACAGGAGGCAAUGUAUCCAGUAAAUACAUACGUACAAGGAAACUACUGGGGAGAAAAUAAGCUUAUUUUGAUGAUGAAUUUACCCUAAUGCAUUACUCUAACAUGAAAUGUAAAACACGGGAUGAUCUAAGAAACUUUAUCAUUGUAAAGCAAUCAUCCUGAUCAAGAAUGGAUCCUGUACAGCAAUGAUAAAAGGGAAAUACUUAUAUAAACAGCUAGCUCACCAUUACCUGCUGCAAAGAUGGAGUAAGUCCUCUGAGCCAUCAAGGAAUUAAUCAUGCCUUCCUCAGUUUGGAACCUAACCUAUCGUUCUGAUGAAAAGAUAAAAGCAGAUUCAGUGGGCUACUGAAAGCAAGUUUACAGGAGGAUUCAUGCUUGCUCAGGAAUAGAUGGAGCCAGGGAUGUUGUGGCAUGAAGAAAAGGCUGACCCAAAGGGCAGGAGGAGGACUGCCCUCACAGCAGGCUAGGACCUCUGGUGAAAAACAUACAGUGUCCCCACUGCGUCUGAAAAAAUACUGGGAAUGGUGUUCUAUGGCACGUUAUGUUUGUUCGACCCGGGUAGUAUUUGAUGCAUGCUGGUGUCUGAGUGAAAACCAAUACAUCUGCCAGAAAUCCAUGAUAAGCAGCUACUGUACCCAACGAGAUAUAGCCUGUUUAAAAAAAGGGGCAGUGUGCACGUACAAGGUGCACAUUCUAGUUUUCUUCUGAAAAAAAAAAAAAAAAAAAAAGGAGUAAGGCUCCAAUCUGUCCAGCUCUACAGAUAAACAGCCACAUUUUGUAAAACUCCGCUUGUUACAGAGCAGUUACUUGGAAGUUCAACAGUAUUGCAAAAGCAGUGGAUGGUUGGGCAAGGGGAGAAAUUUCAAAGCUGAGCAUGGUUUAGCAUUUCCACAGUUUUUAAGGGCUCUUACAGCUGCUCUUGUCUGAGCCUGUUUCAGACUGCCUUUUGUAUGGGGCACAGAUUCUGAUAUUUACACCUUGAAAGAAGUAUUGGUGAACAGACAAUAAUUUAAGUGUGCAGUAGCUGUUUCCAGCAAAUGUAUAAGUAAGAAGCAUUUCCUUCAGGUUUUGUAAUGGAGGACAGGAGUGCACACAGGUAGUGUGUCCCCACAGUGGUUCGUUAUAUUUGUGAGGCAUGAAGACUGCAGUUUUAACAAUUAUCUAUAGUAAAGCUCGUGUCUAAUUGAGAAAGCUUUGAUGGGAACAGAUGCUGCCUGAAAAAGACAGAAAAGAACUGAUUCAUUAAGGAUGGAGAAUGUGUUUAGAAAGAAGUACAUGCUGCUUUCUUUAAUGUGAAUGUGGGCAUAGGUUCCUGCGGCAUACUCUGAGACCUCUUAAGGAGAGGACUUGGAUACCAGAGAAGAGUGGUGGUAUGGUAGAUACACCCAUGCUAGAAUGCAGUACCACCAGUUGUUAUUGUAAUAAAGGCCCCAUUUAUCAUUGCAUUGUAUAUAUUUUAACAUUAUAAUGUAUCAUUUACAGCAGAAAGUUUGAAAUAUGAAAGAUUAAGUACAGAAGAUAGGAAUUACUUCCCAACAGCAAAUGAUGACGGAUGCAGGUUGCAAAACCUAAAGCAAAGUGACAGAUGUGAAAAAAGUAAUGUGUAAUUCUUGUGGGAGGAAUUUAUUUCAAUGCAUUUGUCUACUUGAUAUGGACUGGUAGUCAGCUUUGUUGGGUUCCAGUGAAGAGUUACUGAAAGCCAACAAAGAAACCUUAACAGCAGAAUCCAAGAUUUUAAAAGCUUUUAUCUGAAGGUGGAAAAAUAGAAAGAACUCUGAUGUUAAAGUUGGCGAAGGUGGGGAGAAGAGAAAAAAAGUGUUCCUUAUGGCUGUUCCUGAAUCCUAAAAUACCAGAAUCCAGAACAUUUGCCUCAGAAAUGGUCUCUUCAAAUUGAGCAUGGCCUGUCUUAUUAGAUGUCAAAGAAAUGGGAAUCUGAGAAAUGGUAGGGACUCAUUCAUUGAGAUCCUUUUCAGUUUUCUAAAGGGUUAUGAAAUAGUCAAGAGAAGAUUACACUAAAUUUUUGGGUUGGUGAUUUGAAAACCUCUUGAAAUAAAUGUAGCAUGCAAAUACUACUAUUUUUAAAUAGUUUAUAUUUUGUAAAUGACUUCUUUCUGCUGGCACGGACCUUGUUGCCAUUCUGGAUUCCACCAUUGUGACAGACCAAAAGUGUUGUUAUGAUACAAAGUGGGUGAAAUCUACUGUGUAUCUGCUAAUACUCUUCCUUCAGACUAAACGUGAAAAAACUGUUUUAAGUUCUUUAUCCGCUCGACAGCUGGAGCUGUAGGGAUGGUUAAAGCACAGACACUCCACAGGGCUGACCAUGAGUUUGCGCACAGGUGGGUUUGAGUGAAAAUCCAGUGAUCUGGAAGGAGCUGUGUGUGCACGAGUGUGGAUGAGAGAUAUAGAGACACACCACAGCAGUGCAUAGGUAAGCAGCAAAGAAAUUCUGGAGAAGCACUUGAAACAGAACACCUGGAGGAAAAAAAAAGGUCCAGAGUGCUAUGGGACAAGUGCCACACAGGAAACGCUGGGAACCAUGAGCUCCAUGGAAAACGCUUUCCGUCAUUUGCGUCAUAUUGAAUUUAAGACAACAGAACUGUAUGUAUAUUAUUCAUAAAUAAACAUGAUUGCGCCAAAGAGAUAACUGACUUAUAAUUGUUUUUCCCAUCUAUAUGACCCUUUUUUUUUUUUUAGCUUACUGGUUGGGUCCAAAGGAUAUCCAUAAUUUGGAUGGUUUGGGAAAUCUAGUUCAACAGUGUGAAACCAGCAAAAUCCCCGUAAAGGGGAGUUUCAUGAAUAGAGUUUUGCCUUUUUUCCCCCUCCCUUUUCCUCUCUCCACCUGAUAGUAGAGUGACUUAAUACCGAGUAUCUGGGCUACCAUUAAGAGACUUGGAGAAAACAGAUUAACAGGCCUACGGUAUGCAGCCUUUUUCCCAGACAGCAGCAAAAAACAAGAGUAUCAAGAAGAAAAACACAAGUAAACAAGAGAUGAGCACAUACCUGCGAUUCAUAGUCUCUCGUAUGAAGGAGCGGGCUAUAGAUCUAAACAAGAAAGGGAAGGACAACAAACACCCAAUGUAUAGAAGGCUGGUGCACUCAGCUGUUGAUGUCCCUACUAUACAGGAGAAAGUAAAUGAAGGAAAGUACAGGAGUUACGAGGAGUUCAAAGCAGAUGCUCAGCUGCUUCUACACAACACCGUGAUUUUCUAUGGAGCGGACAGUGAACAAGCUGAUAUAGCGAGGAUGCUUUACAAAGACACAUGUCAUGAACUGGAUGAACUGCAGCUUUGCAAGAACUGUUUCUAUUUGUCAAACGCGCGACCUGACAAUUGGUUCUGCUAUCCUUGUAUACCUAAUCAUGAGUUGGUUUGGGCCAAAAUGAAAGGCUUUGGGUUUUGGCCAGCCAAAGUCAUGCAGAAAGAGGACAAUCAAGUUGAUGUUCGCUUUUUUGGCCAUCACCACCAAAGGGCCUGGAUCCCCUCUGAAAACAUUCAAGACAUCACAGUCAACAUCCAUCGGCUGCACGUGAAACGCAGUAUGGGGUGGAAGAAGGCCUGUGAUGAGCUGGAACUGCACCAGCGUUUUCUUCGCGAGGGGAGAUUCUGGAAAUCAAAGAAUGAGGAUAAAGGGGAAGAGGAGGCAGAGUCAAGUAUCUCUUCCACCAGCAAUGAGCAGCUGAAGGUUACUCAGGAACCAAGAGCAAAGAAAGGUCGACGUAACCAGAGUAUGGAACUCAAGAAAGAAGAGCCAGAACCUGAAACUGAAGCAGUAAGUUCAAGCCAGGAAAUUCCCACAAUGCCUCAGCCCAUUGAAAAAGUUUCAGUCUCAACUCAGACCAAGAAGUUAAGUGCCUCUUCUCCAAAAAUGCUGCAUCGGAGCACCCAGACCAGUAAUGAUGGAGUAUGUCAGAACAUGUGCCAUGACAAAUACACCAAAAUCUUUAAUGAUUUCAAGGACAGGAUGAAGGCUGAUCACAAAAGAGAAACUGAGAGAGUUGUGCGAGAGGCAGUGGAAAAGCUGCGUACAGAAAUGGAAGAAGAGAAACGGCAGGCUGUAAAUAAAGCUGUAGCCAACGCACAAGGAGAGAUGGACAGAAAAUGUAAGCAGGUAAAGGAGAAGUGCAAAGAAGAAUUUUUAGAAGAAAUUAAGAAGCUAGCAGGCCAGCACAAGCAACUGAUUUCCCAGACCAAGAAGAAGCAGUGGUGCUACAACUGUGAAGAGGAGGCCAUGUACCACUGCUGCUGGAACACUUCCUACUGCUCCAUCAAGUGUCAGCAGGAGCACUGGCAUGCCGAACACAAACGUACCUGCCGCAGAAAAAGAUGAAAGAGUUAUUCCUCCCCUAGAAAACCACCCCGAUGAUUGCUAUUCUCAGACACAGCGGUUUUUGUUUCCAAGAAGCCAAAAUUGUUUAGAAUUUGCUUCCCAUUUUGCACCAGCCUUUAAACACUUUUCGUAAAAGAAAUUUUGCACAGUAAUUUCAGUCUUCUGUUUAAUGCUCCUCCAAAAUUUUGUCAGCAAAAUGAAUUCAACAUCUGUGGGGAGCAGGUUACUUUAAAUAAUUUUAAACUGGAGGAUUUGUUGCAUUUUCAGCAAAUUUUAAAACAUUUUUAGGUUUUACAGAGAUUUUAAUCUUUAAAAACAGCAGAUCUAAAAAUAAAAAAAAAUCAUGCAAGUUUAACAAAAGGAACAUUAAAAAACUAGAUCUGAAUGUAAGAAGUACAGAACUGUUUCAGAAAAACGAAGCAUACUACCUUGAUGUAACAUUUAUUUCUUAACCUUGUUGAGCUGGUUUUGUUCAGCUUAAUUUUACUGUUUAAAGGCAUUAUCUAUUGGUUAUACCAGUGGGUACAUGAUUGAAUUUAGGGAACAGGGUUGCCACAGCAGGUACUAGUCCUGCGUAUUUUUUCUUAAAUAUUUCCCAACUGUGUUUUAUUUUCAUUAUUUCUUUUCAAUAUAUAACUUUUAUAACAAAAUAUUAGCUUUGAUCUUGUAGUUUAAAAUCACAGGGAACUGGGGUAAUCUUUUACUGAGCUGGAUCUUAGAGAAAAAUGAAUAUUUAAAUUUUGAAGUUUGCACAUUUCAUCUUUGUCCUAACAUGAGUGCUUGUAACAAGAAUAAGAAAAGCCAAAAAACCAACAAAAAAACGACUACCUUUAUUCAUACAUGGAAUUAUGAGGCAUACAAAUUUCUUUAUUGCGCCCCCUUUCAGCCUCCCCAAUCCAACAUCAUUUGACUGCCUAUGAUCUGGUGUCACCUGGUCCAUUGUAACUCGAAAAUAAAAGGAGAAAAAGCACUUCAGUUUCACAGAAGCCGUUAUGUUUGUAGUAAUGGGUCAUUGCCUAAUAAUGAGCUCCAUCACUGUACUCAGAAUGAAGAAUAAUGCAUGUUAAUUUUCUUGUAUUAAAGAUGCCGUGAUUUGUAAAAAGUCUGUAUUUUGCGGAAUGUCUGGAUUAAGAAGCAUUACCAAUAGGAAUGGAUCGAUAGUUGAAAAAUGAUUUUUCCUUUUGUUUGUUUUAUAUAUAGAUAUAUGAAUUGCAUCCAUGUUCAGAGACAAUUUUUUAAAUAGAUGUAAAGCUUACUUAAAUAGCUUUUCUUUUAAAGUGUCUCCGCAUUUUAGUUUCUUUCAAAGAUUGGUCUUAGACUGAGUCAUAUGCCCAUUAAUCAUCCAGCUAUUUUUUGAGAAGUUAGAGGAAUAAUUUGUAAAUAUUUAUUUAGAUCUUUGAUAUUUAUUGAAAGCAAUUACAUGAUGGAACGAUGGAAGCUGAAGAAUCAGGAGGAAAGCCUUUAAAAAAGUUUUCUCUAGGUUUUGUCAGGGUCAUUGUAAAGAUGAAAAUAUAACUAAGACUUCUGUGAACUACCACUGAAAUCCUGAUCGUUUUUACUUACAGUGGUGAUAUAAGUUAAUUGACUAGAUACUGCCAAAUAAUGCCCACGACGUUGCAGAAAUUAAGUGGUCAGUUGAUUGGAAACAAAUAGUAAGUAGAUGGUAACUUGUAUUACCACAGCUACAUUAUUGCCUGAUAAAUGUGUAAUUAACUUUUGUCGCCUCUGUGUUGUGACUGUAAAACACUUCACAACUAAAAAUCAAUCUUGUUCAAUUACUUUACAAGUUCCAAAACUUCGAUCCACCCCUAUGAAGGCAAGUUAUUGUGGAAAUAUUUUUGGUGUAAAAUCAUUCCAGAAUAUGUAAUAUUUAACUGAUAGCUGCAUGAAAGUAAGAUUCGUGUUACUUUGGCUUUUUUGUCUCUGUUGACACGGUUGCACAUUUCCAAGUUACUACAGCGUGAAAACUGUGUGUUUUAAAGAAAAAAACAAAACAAAACAAAAAAAAAAGAUUGUGGCCUGGUUUUGUAUAAGUUUUAGGUAAAAUUACAAUUGAUUGUUUUAGGAAUCAUGAUUUAAAAUUAAUUUUUCUGCAAAUCAUAAAGCUAUAUUAAAGUGUUGAGCUUAGCCACUAUGCACAUUGUAAUUAUUCAUUGUGGCUGUCCAGUUUAUGAUGCAUUCUGGCAUUUUGUAAGCUGCUCUGACUAG